AUGGCCAAGCAAGUUAUCACUUAUCAGCAUUCGAUUGGCUCUCUCAGUUUAGGUUUUGUCUCGCAGCUUUGGGUGCACACAAGUUCAUGGGUUGUGAUGGCUGUGGAAGUGAAGCCAAACUUACUAUCAGGUGCAUUUGAGAGGUUUCUUUUCAAGGAGAUCAGACAGGUGGGGGAUGUUAUUUUCGUUGAGGAUGAGAAUGUGAUUGAAGUUGAAUCAGUUGAUAUAAAAUCUGUUGGAUUGGAGACAUUGGUAGGAUACAGUGUGGUAACCUCAAAUGGUCAACGUAUUGGGAAAGUGCGUGGCUACAAUUUUAAUAUCAACUCGGGAAGAGUUGAGUCCCUUGAGCUCGAUUCAUUUGGAAUCUCCAUUAUCCCAUCAAGUUUGGUAAGCACUUAUGCUGUAUUCGUGGAAGAUGUGGUGAAAGUUUCUAUUGACACAGUUUUUGUACACGAAACUGCUGCCAUAUCACGAGUACGCAGGCUUACUAAGGGAAUAUGGGAUGGCCAGAAUGCAGGCAUCUCAAACAACCGCAAGUUUGAUCAUCAUGUAAAUUAUUUCACCGAAAAGCAAAGAAAGAAAUCGUCAAGCAAAAGACGUGGCUCAAAGAUUAGAAGGAACGCAGAUAAUUGGGAGUUGCCCAUGGAUUAUUUAUAG